UAUUCCACUACAGUUGUUGUACUUGUGAGCACGAUGGCAGAGGAAAUCGUAAGCAGGGUGAUUUCAUUUGCUACUGAGCUGAUCGGCAAUGCUCGGAGCUGCAAGGAGGAGCUGAGAGGGCUUGGUGAAUCAUUAACCAUGAUUCGAGCUGUUUUGACUGAUGCCGAGAGAAGACAAGUGAGAGAUGAGUCUGUGAAGCUUUGGCUCCAAAAGCUUGAAGAUGUUGCUUAUGAAGCUGACGAUGUGCUGGACGAGUUUAUGUACGAGAAUCUCCGGCAAAAGAUAGAGGUCGAAAACGAAAGGAAGAGAAAGGUAAACUUCCUCGACCCAUUUAUUUUCAGUCUCUCCAUGGCGAAAAAAAUUAAGGCUGUUCAGGAAAAACUAGCAAAAGUAAAUGGGUUGGUAAAUGGGUUUGGACUUGCUAGAAUAUUGUCAGUAGAUUCAAAUGUUGAGAUUGUUCCAACUAGAGAGACAGACUCCUUUCUUGAUCAUUCAGAAGUUGUAGGAAGGAAAAGUCAAGUUUCAAAAAUAGUGAGCUUGCUGACUAGUGCAACCAAUCAACAACUCUCCGUCAUUCCUAUAGUCGGCAUGGCUGGUUUGGGAAAGACAACUUUUGCAAAACUAGUGUACAAUCAUGAGCUAGUAAAAAAACAUUUUGAUAAGACAAUGUGGGUAUGUGUCUCUGAUGAUUUUAAUGAACAAAAUAUUUUAAGAGGGAUUCUUGAAUCCCUUACCAAUAACUCAAGUCUUUCAGUAAGUAAGAAUACGGUACUUCAAAACCUUCAAAAAGAGUUGCAGGGGAAAAAAUAUCUUCUAAUUCUUGAUGAUGUAUGGAAUGAAGUUCUACUAAAAUGGGAUACAUUAAGGGAUUGGUUGUUAGGAAUUAUGUCAAAUACUGGAAACAGUAUUAUUGUUACAACCCGUAGUGACAAAGUGGCAGAAAUCAUGGAGACACAUCCCCGGCAUCACUUAGAAAGACUACCUGAGGCAGAAUGCUGGUCCAUAAUCAAGAAAAAAGUAUCUUCAACUCCAUUAACUCCAGAUUUGGAGGCUAUCGGAUAUGAUAUUGCCAAAAAAUGUGGAGGGGUCCCAUUAGCAGCAAAAGUCCUAGGAGGGACAAUGGCUCGUAAAAAAGUCAAAAAUGAAUGGUUAGCAAUUCAAAACAAUGAAAUUUGGAAUUACCCACAUGUUAGCCAUGAAAUGUUACCAAUAUUAAAAUUGAGCUUUGAUCAUCUGCAAUCACCAUCUCUUAAAAAAUGCUUUGCAUAUUGUUCAAUUUUUCCUAAAGAUUACAUGAUUGCAAAGGAAGAGUUAAUUCAGUUUUGGAUGGCUGAAGGGUUCCUUCAACCAUCUCAAGGAAGUUGUGUGGUAAUGGAGGAUAUUGGUAACAUGUAUUUUGACAUCUUGUUGGCAAAUUCCUUAUUUCAAGAUGAGAAAAAGGAUGAGUUUGAUAAUAUUAUCAUUUGCAAGAUGCAUGAUUUGGUACAUGAUCUUGCACUCUCAGUUUCAAAAUUUGAGACCUUAUUUUUGAAUAAGGAUUUGGAGGGUGACAUCAGUUACACACGAUAUUUAUUUAUCGAAUCUGAUGGUAAAAUUAUACCAAGAAUUCCAUCUUCAAAAGAUGAUGUUAGGAGAUUGCGCACAUUUGUUUCAAAAAAUGUUGUGCUUGGCAACACGUUAUUAAAUUUUAAUUGCUUACGUGUUCUAAAAUUAAAUGGAAACUCUAUAAAAGAAUUGCCAAGUUCAGUUGGCCUUUUAAUACAUUUGAGGCUUCUCAGCGUCGCAAGUUUAUCCAUCAGAGCAUUACCAAAGUCCAUCACCAAACUCUACAAUUUGCAAACUUUAAGAAUCGAAGGUUGCCGAAAUGUCAGAGAGCCUCCUGAAGAUCUAAAACAAUUGAUAAACUUAAGGCAUAUUUAUAUCCCUUAUGGCUUUUAUGAAAAACUUAAGGAUAUAGGGCAAUUGACGUGUCUACAAACAUUGCCAUGUUUUAUUGUGGGUCAAGAUGCAGGUCAUCGGAUCGAGGAAUUGGGAUGCUUAAAUCAACUUAGAGGAAAAUUAAACCUCUGGAAUCUAGGGCAUGUGAGAGAUAGAGAAGAAGCCCGAAGAGCAAAUUUAGAAGAAAAGGCCAAAAUAUACAAGUUGAGAUUUUACUGGACGAGACGGGGAUCGGAAAGAGAAGGCAACCACGAGAAUGAUGAAGAGGUGUUGGAAGGUCUCAAGCCUCACCGACAUUUGAAGAGCUUAGCAAUUGAUGGCUUUGGAGGAAAGAAAUUCCCAUCAUGGAUGUCUCUGCUAUUUGGCAAUUUGAUUGAGAUCGAAUUUGGCAAUUGCAGAAAAUGUGAGGUUCUUCCCACUCUUGGGCUUCUACCCCAUCUUACGGUUCUUACAAUAAAAGGUAUGGAUGGUGUAAGACGUAUAGGAACUGAGUUUUACAGUAACUAUAAUAAUGGAAGUGAUGGCACUAUAUUGUUCCCAGCUUUGAGAAAACUUGAUUUGAGUAGAAUGCCCAAUCUAGAGGAAUGGACGGAUGUGAUGGAGCCAGCAACAACAACAGGCCUAAUGGUGUUUCCUUGCCUUGAGGAGUUGAGCAUUCAAUUUUGUAACCAACUGAAAAGUGCUCCAUGUUUUUUUUCGAGUCUAAAGAAAUUACUCAUUAGGGACAUGUGUAGCACGACAUUUGAAAACAUUAUCAGCAAGCUUACCACACUCACGUCCCUCGAGGUUUGGAAUAUUUCAGGACUUGCUUGUCUGCCAGAGAAGUUAUUGCAAAAAAAUGGGAGUCUCAUGUCUCUGACGGUAGCGGGAUGGGCCGAUUUGGUGUCCAUCGUGUCACAUGAGGAUGUAUGGGCCUUCUGCACCUCUCUUCGAUCGCUUAAAAUAAAAGUCUGUUGGAAAUUACAAAUACAAGGUGUCCCAUCCCAUCUUCAACGCUUGGAGAUAUCUGGGUGUGUUAUUCUACCUACUGGGCUACAAUCAUGCACGUCUCUUACCCUGCUAGAGAUUCAGCGUUGUGGUAAAUUGAAAUCUAUUCCAAAUCUAGGACAAUUGCAUUCUCUUACCCAAUUAAAAAUUAGGUAUUGCGAUAAUCUGAUAUCAAUACCUUAUUUAAGAGGAUUGCAUUCUCUUAUCGAAUUACGAAUUUGUCAUUGUCCUAAAUUGACGAGUCUCCCAGAGGGUUUAGAAUCUCUCACCCGCCUGAAGACUUUGGCGAUUGGCAAGUUUUGUGAGGAGCUGGAUGAUUUCCCUAGUCUCGUUUCUAUCGAACACUUGCACGCAUCCCUGCAACAUUUAGAAUUGAGAGGGUGGCCUAAACUUAAGUCCAUACCGGACAAUAUUCAAAUCUUGACUGCCCUUGAAAGUCUCUUCAUAUCUCACUUUGAAGCCAUGGAAACUUUGCCUGAGUGGUUGACCAAGCUUUCUUCUCUUCAAAUUCUGGAAAUCUUUCGUUGCUCCAAGUUAAAGGAAAGUUGUGCAAUUGGUGGAAAAGAGCAGUACAAAAUUGCCCAUAUUCCAGAUAUCAGAAUCUAUUAAGCGAACAAGCGAAACGAAUGGUUUCAUACAAGACCUGCGUACUAUACUUAAGUGGAUCAUGGGUUAACAUUUUCUCUCCUCAAGAGCUCCAAUUCCCCUACUAAAGAGAUGUUCUCUGGUGUUAGCCAAGUGGAAGGUUUCUUAAAUUGGUCAAGAAUUUUUUUAGAAGUUAUUGCCAACGUGAUGCUCACUUUACAGCAAAAGCUGGAUAUUGCUUAUUGUUGUUGCUGCUAGAGUGGCUAACAAUUGCACACAGUCUAGUGGGGGUGUCAAUUUGAUUCCUAUCUGGUUGGAGUUUAUUAAAAUUUUGAUGCAAGGACCUUACUUAUCUCCCUAAAGUGGAUUUCAUGCAUUUGAUCACCAAAUUGCUACGUCUAUUUGUUCAUAACUGUCUCAAAGUUAAAUAAAUAGAUGUGUUGAGGGCGAUGACACAUAUAUAUUGUUACAACAGUAUGUGUGGUGCUAGUGACAACAUAUAUAUUGUAUUCAGCCGGAAGAACAAUUUGACUAAUUCAAUGGAGUUUAGUAGAAGUUCUUUAAAGUUGAAGAGAAGGGAAGAUUCUACUUAGGAGCAGCAUAUGACAAUCAUGAUUCCCUAAAGCUGAUGCAUGUGCUCCCUCACCACAUUAUGCAAUAUAUUAGAUAUUUUAUUGUCCAAGAUUUUCAUCAUUAAAAGGAAGGAUGAGUUGAAGGUAAUGCCCCAGGUUUUCCAAGAUUGUCAUCUAAAACAGUUUGACUGUUAUGUCAUCCACCUAGUAGCAUCUUGAAGCUUAUGUGAUAUCAGAAAAAGCUGGUGGAAGACUUGGUUCUUGAAUUUCAACCAAGGUCCGCUAAUGCGUGAACAGAAAAGUAUACAUAGCAAAGGGAAAAGGGAAAUUAAGGAUCACCUAUGUCAUAAUCAAAAAUGAAAAAUAGACACUUUACAUCAAUUCCAUCCAUAUUGUGCUCUUUUUUGAUGAAAUCCAAGCCAGUGAAAAGAAGGAAUAAGAUAUUUCCUGCUGAACUCAGUCAUGGCGGUAAGGAUAGGAACAAUUAGAUUUCUUCCCCUACUUAUUACAAAUUCCAGGACCUACAAAAUUUUGAGGUGAAUUUGUAAGUUUAGAUGUCAUUUUAUCUUUAUUAUAUUGAUACCCAUUUAUAUCAUCAGUUUGAGUCAUUAAUAUUGAUUGUGUUGGGGUGGAGAAGCUCUGUAUCUCUUCAACAAAUGAAUUCCAGGGACAAGAAUGCCCCUACCUUCCAGUAAAGAUGGAGUGCAAUCCCUCUCUUUGGACAUGUAAUUAAGUGGAAGGUUCGACACAGUAGUUGAAGGUUUAUUUUAACUUAUACACUUGUGAAGCCCUAGCUUACAGUCAAAACUACUGUUCACUUUGAAAAGGAGAGAGAACUAGUCAGAGUGGACCAGGGAUAAAAGAUUGUUCACUUUGAAUCACAAUAGAUGGACUUUUAAAUUGAUUUCAUUGCUUCUUUGUUAUUCACUAAAAUUUUGGCAAAUUGACAGCAGUGGGGAGUUUGAUGACUCUGUGCGAGUUAUAUGGAAUUCUUCAAGGUUGCACACAAGUCAAACAUUAUGUGGGUGGUGACCAAUGCUCAAGUUGCUGGCUCAUCUUUUUGAACAAGUAUGCAACUUGCAAGAAGCUGAGAUUUCUAUCAACAGGGGGAAGGAUGCGGUACCUUACUAACUAGUAGAUGCUGGAAAUACUUAAUUUCCCAAUUAGAGUUCUUGUACUUCAGCAUAGAUAAUUUAAGAUUGUCAACUAGAACCAUAACUUGUAUGUAUCUACAAUUGUUGAUUGGGUAUAUUCAGUAUCACCAUCGACAAUGCAUCAAGUUCUGACAAUUCAUCCCCUUUUCAAAUCUUCAGUAUGACUCCCUAACUUAAAGUUGCUGUAGCAGUGACUUCAACACUUUUCAAGAUUCUGAGAUUUGUGUAAGAAAUUGAAGAGCCCAAUUAGGAAAACAAAUUGAAACUCGAAUUUGAUGCAUUUUUUCCUGAGAUCAAGUUAUGGAUUUUGGAUUCUAUGGUCAGUCCACAAUCCAUGGAUGCUGAAGGAAUCCAUGGUGUGAUCUCGUAGUUCCUACAAGUUGGCACCAGGUUGUUGACAACCAACAAUAUAAUAAUUCGUAAUAGUUCAUCCACCUAUCAAAUCUUAUGUUGUUAUCAUGGCCUCAUAGAGCCCUUUGUUCCAGUGACUUCAACAUUUUACUGUACAUUGAGUCUUCUCUUUUCAUCAGCCUUGUUGUCCUAACUUAAGAGGCCAACUUGUUUGGGUGCCCCAGUUCAUACAAAUGUUCAAGAUGAUAUUUCCAUAAAGUUAGUAGAUAAGGGGAAAAGAGUGAGAUGCACAACAGUGGUUGAACUAGAAGGCAUUCUUACAUUGUUUGACUCUCCUGAGUAGCUCCAUAUAUGCAUGACCAUGCUGGCUUCUUUGAAUUGAACUUCUUAUAAAUUGGUUCUACUCAGUGUUACACAGGCCAUCAAACAAUAUAGCCAUUCCAAACAUGUUCUGCUGUCUCACUUUCAGCUUUGACAUCAUCAACCAUCGUUGAAACUUGCUCUAAACUAGAGCUUGUCCUUAGCAAGAAAGAACUGGAGUUCUCAAGAUUACAUGCCAAGUAUAUGGAUCAUGAUCAAAAGCUUUUACAGUGCUUCUCCCUUUUAUUAAUAUUGAGAAAUUUGUCCUCAGAUGAUCUUAGUUUUCAUAGUAGGUCAUUGUAUGUAAAUAACGUUUAUCAGGCAUACUUUGUUUUGUACUUGUAAUCAUUUUCAAGUUGUUUUUCAUUUUCAAAUUGUGUUUCUUGUUAGACUAUAAAAGGGCCAAUUAACUCUUUGGUCACCAUGAUUAGACUAAUAAAAGGGUUACAGAUGGA